AGAGAUCAAAUGAGUUAAGUGAUUUACCACAGAUAAGUGAUGGCCAAAAAGAAACGGUUGUGGUCAACAGCUAAAUAAUUCCGGGCAAAAUGCCUGGGGGUAGGAGGGGGCUGGUUGCCCCCCAAAAUACUUUUCUUGAAAACAUCAUUAGAAGAUCGAACCAGCAACACUCCAGUUUUCUGCUCGCAAACGCGCAAAUUGUUGAAUAUCCAAUAGUGUACUGCAACGAGGCCUUUAGCAAAACAUCGGGAUUUAAUAGAGCAGAGGUCAUGCAGAAAUCUUGUCGGGGGAACUUUAUGUAUGGAGAACUCACGGACAAAGAAACCAUAGGAAGGAUCGAUGAAGCCCUAGAGCACCAUGUGCAGGAUCAAUUUGAAAUUCUUCUUUAUAGAAAAAACAGAACCCCACUGUGGUUGCUCAUGCAUGUGUCUCCAAUUAAGAACGAGAGAGAUAUUGCCGUUCUUUUUCUUUGUACUUUUAGAGACAUCACCGCCUUAAAACAGCCCAUAGAAGAUCAGGAAAAAGAAGCAGGAGUUUUAGGUUUGAGUAAGUUUGCUAAACUGGCGAGAUCUGUGACGCGAACCAAACAAACAUUUUCUUCUACGCUUAUUCCAUCUCAAGCUCCUGUCAAGGCUGGCCUUAACGUGACGGAGCUGAUGAACCUUGGUCCUGAUAUCCUUCCUCAGUAUAGACAAGAAGCACCCAGCACCCCGCCUCACAUUCUUCUACACUACUGUGCAUUCAAGGCCAGCUGGGAUUGGAUCAUACUCUUCCUUACCUUUUAUACUGCUAUCAUGGUAGGUUUGCUGGUGGUGGACUCCAUUGUUGACGUCAUCUUCUUUAUCGACAUCGUGCUCAACUUCCACACAACAUAUGUCGGGCCCGGAGGGGAGGUCGUCUCAGAUCCCAAGGUUAUUCGACUGAACUACUUGAGAUCAUGGUUUGUGAUUGAUCUACUUUCCUGUCUGCCUUAUGAUGUUUUCAAUGCAUUUGAUCACAACGACGAUGGAAUCGGGUCAUUGUUCAGUGCUCUUAAAGUAGUUCGGCUCCUGCGGCUCGGAAGAGUGGUUCGGAAGCUAGAUAGAUAUCUUGAAUACGGUGCAGCAAUGCUAAUUCUUCUCCUUUGUUUUUUCUUGCUGGUCGCUCAUUGGCUGGCCUGUAUUUUCUACUCAAUAGGUAAUGCUGAUCUGAAUAACGGGCUACAGUUUGGUUGGUUGUACCAACUUUCUGAGAUGACUCGGCAGCCAUACAGACAAAAUCCUAUUUAUGCAGAUGAUAAUAUCACUGUCAUCAAUAUCAUAUUAACGGGCGGUCCCUCCAGGAAGUCCAUGUACCUGACCGCUUUGUACUAUACGAUGACCUGCAUGACCAGCGUAGGGUUCGGUAACAUCGCCUCCGAGACAGAUAAUGAGAAGAUAUUCUCUAUACUCAUGAUGAUUGUAGCAUGUAAGUAUACUCUAUUACUCAUGAUCUAUGUUCCUAAAACCUUGUCUGAAAGAGUGAUGGACUAUGUUGUCUCCACCUGGGCAAUGACGAAGGGAAUAGAUCAGGAUAAGGUGCUAAACUACUGUCCCAAGGAUAUGAAAGCAGAUAUCUGUGUUCAUCUCAACAGAAAGGUUUUUAACGAACAUCCAGCCUUUAGACUGGCAAGUGAUGGUUGUCUUAGAGCCUUAGCAAUGCAUUUUACAAUGACACACAGUGCCCCCGGGGACCUACUCUAUCACACCGGAGAGAGCAUAGACAAUCUUUGUUUUAUAGUAUCAGGAUCUUUAGAAGUAAUUCAAGACGACGAAGUUGUAGCAAUCUUAGGAAAAAAUGAUGUAUUUGGAGAUGCAUUCUGGAAGGAAGGGGAGACGGGACAAGCUAUGGCUAACGUGCGUGCUCUUACAUACUGUGAUAUACAUCUUGUUAAUAGGGAUCGUCUGCUCGAAGUGUUAGACUUCUACAAAGCAUUUGCUCAAUCAUUCUCUAGAAAUCUAAUCCUCACAUACAAUCUCAGGCAUAGGUUGAUAUUCCGUAAAGUAUCGGACCUGAAAAGGGAGAAGGAACUAGCAGAGCGGAGAAAAAAUGAUCCUGCUCUAAACCAGUCUCAGGAUCAUAUUGUUCGGAAGAUUUUCUCCAAAUUCAAGAAAACGAACACCAGCAGUGAUCUCAACUCUCUAAUUUUCGAUCCAGAAAAAGGGUUAGAUUUUUCUCCCUGUAUAAGCCGUGUAAACUCCUCUAUGAAUCUUACUCCAGGAAUAGAGAUCAGUACACCAUACUCAGUACCUGAAGCAGAUGGGGUAAACAAUAACAAAAUAAUUAGACAGGUGUCCUCUGAUCUGACCGCUGUCGAUGAAAACAGUGAGAAACCGUUAAUAACGAGCAACGGUCCUAAAAAGCUGGGUGGAUGGGGCCGGUUUAAAGCUAAGACCACCGAGCCCCCUCCAGUGGUUGCUGAUCCCUUGAACCCCGGGAGAAAGGGGGAUGAACGAACUGGAAGCGCUACUGAGUCUAUAAAAGAGGAAACUAGUGAUACUACAGAGGAUAAACCUGUGAUAACAAGUAAACUCUCAACAUCUUUAGAUGUAAAAAAUCUGCUCGCUAAACGACGGGAAAGUUAUUCCAAAUCGGACGAACGGCGGGGGAGCAAUGACCAAAGAAGGGGGAGUAAUUGUAAACUUGAAGAUCAACGUCAAGGGAGCAUUAGUCGACUCGACGAUCCCCGGCCAGGGAGCAAUACCAGGCUGGACGAUCAUCGACGAGGGAGUAGCACUAAAUCGGAGGAUCUUCGACGAAAUAGUACAAGAUCGUUCGAGUUACAGCGAAGUAUUAGUAAAGAACCAAGUGUAGAAACAGAAAGAAUUAUACAAAGUCUCUCAGAGUUUAAGACUGAAAUGAGAGAUGAGAUGAAGAAUGUGAAUGAGAAGAUAAAACAAAUCGAAGAUUUAAUCAACCGGUUUAUUGGUCAACUAGCAGAAAAUACAAACAGUACAAAUCAGGAAACAAUUGUAUUAGAGAGCCCUUCCCCUAAUACAUACAAAAGAAUCCUAGAGAGUCCAGGGGAAAAGCUGGAGGACAGGAGGAGGAUAGCGAAUAAGGACAAAGUGAGGACGGAGAAGGAGGACAGGGGUUGGAUGGAGAAUGAAAACAGAGGGAGCACGGAGAAGGAAGACAGAGGACGGACGGAGAAGGAAGACGGAGGGAGCAAUGAGAAGGAAGACACAGGGAGGAUGGAGAAGGAGGCCAAGGGGAGAAUGGAGAAGCAGGCGGAGAGGCUUAUAAAAGAGGACGGAAGAAAACAGAGAAGAGAAGUGGAGAGGGGAGUACAAAUUCCAGAGACAGAGGAGUUAAAAAUAACUGUCAACCAUCACAGACAAUCGGAGAAGGACGGCCUGGAGGGGAGGGAGGAGAAAAAGGAGAGUGAGAAAAGGGAGGAGGCUAAGAGGAAAAGGGAGAAAAGAAAAUUACGCCCUAAUGGAAACCAAGUUAAUUUAAACCAGAAAAUGAAUUCAAGAGACAGAAUUUCACCUGUUAGAAUGAGUAGCUCCAGUAAUAGCAAUCUGCUUAAGCUCUUAGAACAAGAACUAGAAGCUGAUUCACCUAGACGAGAGCAGUUCUUCUAGAUGAACUAAUUAGCUAAAACUAGUACUUUUACAACUUGACCUUAAAAAUGCUUGCAAAUCACAAUUUGCAUCUUGAUGUUAUUAUACCUCUUUCAAUUAAGGUGAUUAACAGACUUCGCAACCUUUUCCGUGUCAUUUUUAUUGGUCAAAUUUAAAAAAAGCAUCUUGUUUUUUAGUUUCAUCACCAACCUAUUAUCAAAUUAUGUACUAUGUGUAAAGGGUACAAAACACAAUGUAAAGUUAUUUUCUAAAUUACGUCCUAAAUUCUCACGGAAAUUAAGCAUGGAAGACCACAUUUUAAAAGCAAACUGAGCAACAAAUCAGUUUGUAACUUUGCACAAAUUUUAGAAUAAUGACAUGAUUUUUGGACGUAAUCUGCCUUCAAGAUGUCAAGAUGUAACCCACCUCGCUAAUCCUAAUUAAACUUGUCAGUGUCUUAAUAAAUAUUUAUACAUAUACAAGAGUAAAUAUAUGAAAUGAUCAAAUCUGUAAAAUAUCUAAAAGAAAAAAAAGUUAUUUUUAACCUUAAUAAAAAAAUGUAUGUUGUUGCUAAAACCUUAAACUGAAACCAACAUUGAGUACCCUGUAAAAUGUUUUUUUAGAAAAUCUACAUGUAUACUGGUGCAAAUCUGUAAUGGAUAUUGACGAUUUAAAAUAUGUUGAAUUUGUGUAUAGUGCGUAGUGUUUAUUUUUAUCAGAUUCUAAAAGAGCUUCUAAACUUUGUUGUACUACGUAAAAGAUCACAGCUUUUUUUAACUUAUUCACAUAAUUUUUAAAUGAGGUUAUGACUCUUAAAUGACUUUUUGCUGUGGAGUAAACUAAAGCCAUUUUUAGAAGCCCGGCAUUUUUCAGAACAUCUUUAAGUUGAAAAGUAAACCAAAGAAGUGAAUAAGAAAGUAAAUUAUAAUGCUGCAAGCACAAUGUGCGGCUGAACACUGGAUAUUUCAGAACACUAGAAUACCAUGAUCUUGAAAGAAAUUUAAAUUUGCAUGUUCUGAGACGUCUAGUCUUAAUUGAACCCAUUUUGGUCUGAAAUGUUUAUAAACCUGCUUUCUACAAUUGUGAUAAAUCAUCUUAAAACUAUAUCAUACUUCCCAUUCAUGCAUAUUUAUAUAAUCAUAAUGUUCCCUUCAAUGUCAUGCCUACAGUAUUACAUAACCUUUGAAAAACAUUAAAUCAAGAAACAAAGUAAAAACUCAUGGAAACAAUGAUCUGAAUAUUUCCUUUUCCGGUUGGGCUAUUUUAAUUUUUAGUCUAAUAUAGGUUAGGGAGGUUGCUGUUUCCAUACCACUUUCACCAUCAAAAAUUAUAAGAUAUUUUAUAAAAAUCUGUUUGCUAAUAGAAAGUAAGAAUGGUAAAGAGCAUUCAAGUGAAAGCCGUUUUUAGGAAAUAACCAAAGGGAGUGGGUGUAACCCCUCCCCCCCCCCUCCCAAAUCGGGAUAGAAUUUUUUACUUUGAAUAUAUAUAUAGGCUUCACAAGUAUUUGAGCCGUUUUUAACUAUUACAUUUUUAUCAAUCCAUAAGAUUUAAAACCAAACAAAAAAUGAAAUAAUUGAUCAAUAGAUUUUAUAGAAUAUUUUGUGAAAUGGUUUGACCGAUUAAAAAAGUUGUCUAAUGUAAUUUUAAAAAAUUUAUUAAAUUUUUAAAUUUUUAAAUUCGAAAUCUUAAAUUCUUUUGGAGCAGCUUAAAAGCAAACAAAUCUAGAUUGUUAAAAAAGGUCAAAAACGAUAAAAAAAAACUAUACAAAAACGAUACAAAACCGUUACAAAACCGACACAAAAAUGA